AGUGUGUCUUUAGAUUUCCCGGACAUAGUGGCGCGAAACGUUUACCAUGAGGUCGCAGAUUAGAAAAGCGGCAGGACUCACAAUAAUGAUUUGCCUGAUAUUCCUUACUAUUCAUUUAUCCGGAAAACGACGAGAAAGACAAAUGAGAGUGAUGCAGCCGACGCUAUUCCCUGGACCUUUGGGGAACCAAGAAGGACCAAGGAAGUCGUGUGUCCCUCAGAAUUCAGUGUAUUUCCUCAAGAUUCCGAAAUGCGCGUCCACUACUAGUUUCCAGAUUUUCGUCGCGUACGGAGUCAAGCAUGGCCUGAACUUCGCCCUACCGCAUCUGCCGCCAGAGUAUCAUGGUUCUCCCGACGGUCGCUACGACAUGGUCGUAUACCACACAUUGUUCGACAAGGAGAGAGCGCAACAGAUGGUGAAAGAAUCAGCCAAAUAUGUCGCAGCUAUACGGGAACCAGCAUCUCGCUUCGAGUCCAUGUGGUAUUUUGCAGAAUAUGAAAAGAAAUUUGGCAUGACUCUUUCUGCCUUUGCAAAAGCGCAGCAGUACGCAUCAACUCCGCAGAGGAAACUCAACACUAUUGCUUCUUUUUUCGGCGUCAAAGAUCCCAGCGACCGUGCAACAGAAAGCGAGAUGCAUAGCAAGGCAAAAGGGCUGAAUGAGACCUUUGACUUGGUCAUGAUUGCUGAGAGGUUCGACGAGUCCCUGGUCCUCCUGAAGCACCUCAUGUGCUGGGACACUCAAGACAUCGUUUAUGUCAAAGCUAAGAUUCGGAGUGCGUCUUAUAGGCCUAAGUCCUCAGAGGCUAUUAUGGACAGGCUUCGAGAACUGAACAGACAGGAUGUCAUUCUGUACAAGUUCUUCAGUGAAGUGUUUGAGGAGAAAGUGAAAGCCUUUGGCGAGGAAAGAAUGCGGAGGGAAGUCGAGGAUCUUCGCCAAGCAAAUGCUCGACUUCUGGAAGACUGUGGAGCUGAACUCAGUGGAUCAUCCAAGACUGUGAAAACUUGGCGAGUAACAAGCAAUUCGAGUAUUUGUAAGAUGAUUUCACUGUCGGGGUCUAAUAUCAUAAAGCAACUUAUAAGAAGGCAGAAGAUAUGGGUGUCUAGUAACUUUACAUAUGACCUGUUGACAUGGACUUUUAUUUAAGUGAAAACGGAAAGGCUAAAAGGAAUAUACAUGAAAGGAAAGAUGGUAGUCUAUAGAAAAAGAACUUUUAUCAUUCUUUAAAAACUUACCCUUAUAUAGUUAUACAUUUCACUGUUAAUACCAAUGCCUAUGAAUGCUUAAUAACUAGUCCAGGACCGUAUAUGCUCACAUAAUUACACUGAUGUUUCUUUUCUUUCAUAGUCUAAAACUUCUUGCAUUACCUGUAAUCUACACCCUGACUUCUUUCAUUUCACAAGUAUUGCAUCGAACCUACGUGUUCGAAUACAGCUUGGAGCCAGCAACGAGAAAAAAAAUCCUUUAUUACAAUUCGAGUUACCAGAUCAAUCUCAUGAAUUACUCAUUUAAUAGUCAGCCAAGUACUCAAAAUGUUUUUUGAUAUACAUUUACACGAAAUUAUUAUCAUGCGUCAGGUGAAUGUUAUGAUAAUCAGAUUCACACUUUGGUUUCAUCAUAUUUUCAUUAUGAUUAUUAAUACUUCAUGUUUAUAUUUAAGACGACCAACAUUUACAUUUCAUUGUUAAGAGUCAGAUAUCAUGGAUACUCUCAUUAGUUUUGUAUAAACAGAUGUAUUUGAGGUUUCCAAUCUGCUUAUAUUCCUUUUGAUUUUCUAGCUAGUAUUUUCAGCAUAAAAAAAAACGCUGGUUUUCCUUUAUAAUUUAUCUGUGGUCAGCUUUUAGUUCUAAUUCCAAAGAAAAAUACCUGAAAUGCAACACACUAUUUUUCUUAAUUGUUUCAAUUAACGGUUUAACGGUUUUCAUGUCGCUUUGAUAUGUUUUUUUUUUUUUCUAUUGCUGUAUAAGAUCAUAGCAAUAAAUGAAAUUGAUACUUUGCUUUACCGUUUAGCCUGA